CGCAUGUCAUACGAAAUAAUCGCAUUGAUUUCUGCGCCAAAAGCCGCAGGCGCAUUACGCUUCGUUACGUCACGUCACGUGAGAACAGUUGACAAUCGCCAGGCGUAGUUCGUGAACGAAUAAUAAUUGUGAAAUCGCCGUGUUCCGCUGUUUAGAUUUUAAAAUUGUUUCAUGAAAUGUCUCUAAAUACAGCCCAUGCAAAUGGAGGCGUAUUAAUUCACGCUGGAGAAUGCAUUCUGCUGUUCAGCGACAAUGUGUCCAUGGAGUUCCACGGGCAGGACGGACCGGAGUUCAAGGGCACUAAGACGGGUCGUCUGUACCUCACAACACACCGCAUGAUCUUCAAUGCCAAGAAUGGCUCGGAGAAGAUGCAGUCCUUCAGUUUUCCAUUUAUCACGCUUAAGGAUGUGGAACUGGAACAGCCGGUGUUCGGGGCGAACUACAUCAAGGGCAAGGUGCGCGCCCAGCCCAAUGGGAACUGGGUCGGCGAGGCCAAGUUCAAGCUCCAGUUCAAGUCGGGGGGAGCCAUUGAGUUCGGCCAGGCCAUGCUGAAGGCUGCUCAGAUGGCUUCAAGGGGAGGCCUGCCCGGAGACGCCCCGCCACCUUACACGCCACCAACGGGACCGUGGUACGCCGCCCCGCCCCCGGCUUACGCGCCCCCACCGACAGGCUACUACGGUUGGGUUCCCCCCACACACGUCUUCCCAGACACUCCGCCAGCAAACACUGUAUUCAUGACGGACAUGCCUCCACCGUACCCUGGCAUCAACGGCUACAAUGGCUAUGCAGCAGCGGCAGCUCCACCAACGGGUGCCAUGGGCUUCACACACCCAAGUGCUCCUCAAGAUGCAAAAGCAGCUGAGGCAGCUCAAAGUGCCUAUUACGAUCCCAACAAGCCCCAGUGUGCUUACGUACCACCUCCGGCAUAUUAUGAGGCACCGCCAACCUAUCAGUCGGCAACAGCGAAGAAAGACCAAUAAUGGAAGAGUAAGCACACAAAAUUCUAUUUGCUUGGAAUGAUAUAUGACUGCAAGUAUAAUCUCAAGUAUUAAUUGGAAUUUAUUUCUUAUACAGUGGUGUUUAUAGCUUAGUACACCAUCAGAUUGUAAAUCUUCUAUUUUGUAUGAAGAGUUGUGGGGUUUUAUUUUGCUAUGUUAAGAAAAUGAAAGAAAUAUAGCUUAUUCACAAAUCAGAAUCAUUGUGUAUAAAUUAUAUAUAUGUAUAUAUUUAAAGUAUAAACAUAUUAAUGUGAAUAGGUGUUGUAAUUACUAAUAGAAAUGGCUAAUUGCUGUUGAUGUAUAGUUAUGUUCCAGAUGAUUAUGCCUUACCAGAGUUAAAUUUAAAUUUCAAGCAGAUAGUGGUUUUACAUUUCUUUGUACAAUUGAUUUCUAUUUGUGAGUGAUUUGUAUACUUGUGUGGACUGCUGCAUUGUAAGAGAAUAAAUGUCUUGAAACUGUAUAAUCAAGAAUGGUUGCUUUGUACGUAUUUUUAGUUAAGUUUCAUUAAAUAUUGAAAGUAUUGUUGGAUUCAAGACAUUUUUUUAAACGUGAUCGCUGUUUGGACGUAAGUCACAUUCCUUGAAUAUAUGUACUAGCACAUGCCUUGUAUAAUAUGUAGUUUUUGUAGCAUUACAAUUAUUGGUAAUAAAUGUUUCCAUGAAAA